AUGACCAUCAGAUCAAUGAAGUUCACCCCGGAGGUCCUCCUGGGAGCCCCCCGCCGCUCGGGCGCCGUGCCCAAUUCAUCCGGCACCCUCGCCAUAUACACCCAAACCACGUACUCGUUCGAUUCCCACUCGAAAACGAACGAAAUCCGCGUGCUGGACAUCCCCACCGGCUUAUCCGCGCUGAUCACCAACGACCCCGGCGCCAGCUCUGCGCAAUGGCUGGGCAACACGGACCAGCUGAUCUGGUUGAAGACCAAGGCAAAUGGCAACACUACCUUCAUUAUCGGGGAUGCGCGCCAGGCGGAUCAGACAUACACGGCGGGAACGGUGCCGGGCCCUGUCUCGGAUUUGAAAGUUACGGUCGUGGAGCCGGGGAAGAUUGGGUUUGCUGUUACGGGCAAGGCUAACCCGGAUGGCUCGCUUUUCAAUCCCCAUGAUGUGAAGAAGCCGUUGAGUACGGGGAGACACUAUACGUCGCUGUUUGUGAGACAUUGGGAUUCAUAUAUUGAGCCCCAGCGGAACUCUAUCUGGUAUGGACUGCUUCAGCAGACUCCUCUCAGUCCGGCUACCCGACAGUCGGGCAAGUAUACGAUCUCGGGCCUCACGAACCUCAUCGCCGUCAGUGGGCUGCCUGGCGUUGAGUCGCCUAUCCCGCCGUUUGGUGGCGCAGGGGACUUCGACAUUAGCCCGUCUGCGAUUGUUUUCGUUGCCAAAGAUCCCAGUCUCAAUCCUGCCACUCACACGUCGUGCUCGUGUUACUAUUGUCCGAUGUUCUCGUGGACGGGUAUGAAUGCUCUGGAGUCGAAGGUGUGUGUGGCGAAGGGUUUGGAGGGGGCAAUGUCCAGUCCUGUGCUGUCGUCGGACGGCAGCUCCAUCGCUCUGCUGGCAAUGAGCCAUGAUGGCUACGAGUCCGAUAAGAACAGGAUCUUAUAUGUUCCGAACCCGUGGAACGGCGAGAUGAUCGAGGCGUUUGCCUCAUCGGACGGAGAGGGUCUUUGGAGUCUGAGUCCGUCGAGUCUGUCCUUUGCCGAAGACGACAAAUCCUUGUUUGUGUCGGUCGAGGAGAAGGGCCGCGGCAUUUUGUACCAAUUUCCCCUCGACAACAUCCGGCAUUCCAAACCCGAUGUGCUGAAGAAGCUGACCCACUCGGGGUAUGUGACUGAUGUGCUACCGGCAAGUGCGGGCUCGUCCAAGCUAUUGGUGUCGAGCAACAGCAUGGUGGACAACAGUCAGUGGUCCAUCAUCGACCCAGCAUCCCCUGAGGAUGCCCAGGUCAUUUCUUCGAUUGGCCGCGAUGGCGCGACUUUCGGGCUAUCCUCUACACAGGUCGAUGAAAUAUGGUUCCCCGGGGCAGAUGACCACCCCGUCCACGCAUGGGUGGUGAGGCCGUCGACCUUCAACCCGGAACACCGAUAUCCGCUGGCGUAUUUGAUCCACGGGGGCCCACAGGGCGCCUGGAAUGACCAGUGGAGCACCCGGUGGAAUCCCGCCGUGUUCGCGGAGCAAGGAUACGUCGUCGUCACACCCAAUCCUACAGGGAGCACGGGAUAUGGCCAGCCCUUCACGGAUGCGAUCCGCGGGAAUUGGGGUGGAAGUCCGUAUAUUGACCUCGAGAAGGGUUUCGAGUAUAUCGAAAAGAACUUGAAAUAUGUCGACACAUCGCGGGCUGUCGCCCUGGGGGCGUCCUACGGCGGUUACAUGGUCAACUGGAUGCAGGGACACCCCCUGGGUCGGCGGUUCAAGGCCCUUGUAACCCAUGAUGGGGUGUUCAGUUGCACGGCACUCCUUGCAACCGAAGAGCUUUAUUUCCCGUUCCACGAUCUGCAGGGUCCUUUGUGGAAGGUUCCCGAGAACUGGGAACAAUGGGAUCCGUCCCGGCAUACCGCGCAUUGGCAGACCCCGCACCUUGUCAUCCACAAUGAAUUGGAUUAUCGUCUGACCAUCGCGGAAGGUCUUUCCGCUUUCAACGUGUUGCAGACAAAGGGCAUUGACAGCGAGUUUUUGACCUUCCCGGACGAAAACCACUGGGUGUUGAAUCCGGAAAAUGCGCUGAUGUGGCAUCACACCAUCUUCAACUUCAUCAACCGACACGUUGGGCUGCCUCCUGCGAUGGACCCGAAUAGUGUGCCCGUGUCGAAUAACCGGGGCACGAUAGAUCGGGAUGUGGCCAAGCUAGCCAUGAAUUAG